CACGCCUUCUGGUUAUGCUCCCGUUUACUUUGUUUGACCGAUGCAAAAUAUAAAUGUUCCCGCCCCACGUGGAACAUCUUUUUACGGUUCUUCGCUUCCUCCCCUUGAGCUGGUCUCCAAUCAUAUCUCAUCUUUUCAAGAAUUUUCAAAUCUAGAGUCGUUUCUCGUUGGUUGAGAAGGAAACUCCACACAGGAUUUGAUAUCCAUUGUCCAUGCUGUCCACACCAUCAAUUUCGAAGUAUGCUGUCCUCGUUCGCCGUAUGCUUCCUCACAUACGGCACCCUCGAGCAUGUUGCAGUUCUGCUUGCGGUGGUAAACUGAUGCACGUUUGCUGCCCUCAAGCGUGGUCGAUAAGAAGCGACGCCGAAGCAGACGCACGACUGGGACGGUGGGUAUGCUGCGCUGAUUACUUGUCUGGUACCGGCUCUUCCUCAGGCGGUGCGUUCGGCAAUAGCGACGGAAUCAGCCAAGGGAGCAACGGCUCGGACUCGGACUCUGGCUCUGGCUCUAGCACUGACUCUGAUGACGGCGCUGACACAGGACCAGACACGGGUACAGACGUAGAGUCCGGGUCCGGCUUUGGUGACGGCACUGAUUGAACAUCCAGAUCUCCUCACACCAGCCCUGGCACUGAUGUUUCGACCAUUGGUGUCCCUUCUGCUACUGAUGUCUGCCCUUCGGGUCUCGCCGUUGGCGAAUGCAGAUCAGGAUCUGA